AUGCUCAGUUCAGUUCAUUCGUUGCUCUCGUGGCUCAACGAAGCUGAACAUGUCGCCCGAUUCCAACGUUAUUUUGGCGUAUUACCCUUACCUUCUGCUCAGCCAGAUUUGAUUCCUCAAACUGACAAGACAACGCAUCUCAAUACCGACACUAAUAGCAAUCUAGCUAAUCAAGCUCUCACAAAUUUAUAUCACCGACAUCAUGAAAGGAAAAUAACUUAUGAUAAAAACGUCUUAGACGAAUGUAUUCAAGAAAUCAAUCGUAGUUCGAAUCAGAAUGCAACUAAAAAACCAAGUCCACCUGAUGUUGAUUAUGUGGUCACGUCAUGGUUUUGGUAUUAUUUCUUUCAAAUCGGUUCGGCGUUAGGAAACGAAAUUUUUUAUAUUUUAUUUUUUCCAACAUGGAUCUGGAAUAUCGACGGAUGUGUGGCGAGGAAAGUAUCGAUGUUAUGGGCGUUCUUCAUGUACAUUGGUCAAGCUUCAAAAGAUAUUCUGUGCAUACCGCGACCGUCGUCUCCUCCUGUACUGCAACUUGAGAAACGCUAUGUUGCAGAAUACGGAUUUCCUUCGACGCAUGCGAUGUUUGCAGCUGGUAUUCCUUUCUCACUGGUGUUUCUCUCGCAUCAACGAUAUGAAUUUGACCUGUGGAUUGGAUUAGUCAGUGCCUCAAUUGUCUGUAUUUGGGUGUGUCUUAGUCGAAUAUAUCUUGGCAUGCAUUCAUUGCUUGAUAUUGUUGGUGGUACUAUAUACGCAUGGAUAUUAGUCUUUGUCAUGUUUUUUUAUGUGGAAACAAUCGAUAAUUUUCUAUUAAAUCACAUUGUUUCGCCAUUCCUUUGCUUCUCUCUUGGCAUAUUUCUGAUCAAAUGUUAUCCAAGUCCAAAGCAAUGGUCAACGGCUCGUUCGGAUACGACAAUCAUCUUAGGUAGUACAAUUGGUUUCUUGUCAGCAUCGACAAUUAUGAAUGAAAUGAGCUUACUUGAAAAGCCAAUUUUGCCGCCUGUGUAUGAAAUCAUGGCACCUGAUCUUGGCCUUUGUGUUGUACGAACGAUUCUUGGCUUAGUUAUCGUCGGAAUAACACGGGAAAUAAUCAAAACAAUUGUUUUAUUUUCAGCCUGUUCUUUCUACGGACUUGACUGGAAAAAUCCCGAAUCGAAACGUUUUGCUAAAAUCGAAAUGCCGUAUUACUAUUUGACCUAUUUUGCCAUCGGGUUUAAUAUCGGUUUCACCUGUCCAUUAGUUUUUCGUGCUCUGGGAAUUAAUCGUGAUUACAGUUACACAGAAUUAUAA